UCUCCAUUUGCUAUAUUUAUGAUGUUCCUCCGCAUUGCUUUAGGUUCUUGUAAGAGGCCGAUACGGUAAGACUAAUGGAGAGAAUGAGAAACCAUACUUGUUUUAUGUUGAUUUUAAGAGCAACGUUAGGGAUGGGGAUCUUAGUCGGAGCUUGUGAGGCUCAGCUCGCUUACGACUAUUAUAAGUUUUCAUGCCCCAACGUGGAGAGCACUGUGAGAAAUGCCGUGCUUGGCGUUGUGCUCACUGAUCCUACUGCUCCGGCUGCUUUUCUUAGGCUAUUGUUUCACGAUUGCCAAGUGCAGGGAUGUGAUGCAUCCAUCCUGUUGGAUUCUAAACCACUUAAUGGCAACUUUGAAAUAGCUUCUCGAAUGAAUUUUGGCAUUAGAAAGAUGGAAACUAUUCACCGUAUUAAAUACAAACUAGAAGCCGAGUGUCCAGGGCGGGUCUCAUGUGCAGAUAUAAUUGCCUUAGCAGCCAAGGUAUCAGUUGCACUGUCUGGAGGACCUAACAUUCAGAUCCCUCUUGGAAGAAAAGAUUCCACCACAUCUAGUCGCCAUGCAGCUGAUGUGAAGAUUCCUCCACCGAACAUAACAGUUGAUACAUUACUCGAUGUCUUUGUAUCGAAAGGCUUAAACCUCGAGGAAUCGGUCGCAAUCAUGGGAGCUCACACGUUAGGAGGUGGACACUGCAUAAACAUAGUGGACAGGUUAUUUGAUUGGCAGCCUGACGACCCAAUGAAUCCUACCUUUAAAGCCAUGCUCAGAUUACUUUGCCCUACCCAAAAGCCACUGACGAACCUCACCAUUGUGCCAAACGAUAAGACUUCCUUGGCUUUUGAUAACUACUACUAUAAAGAUGUUUUAAUGGGGAAAGGCCUCUUCACUAUUGAUUCAAGGAUGUCAAUAGAUCGACGAACCGCUCCCAUAGUCACAGAGUUUGCUGCUAACAAGUACCGGUUUUUCCAGGUAUUUUCUUCUGCAUUCGUGAAGCUAUCUUCAUCAAAUGUUCUUACCAAUGAUAAAGGUGAAGUUAGAAGGAAAUGCAACCAAGUAAACUAAGGAAGUCGGAGAAUUAUGACAUAUUUUCAUUCAACAUUUUUGUCAUGGUAUUUUGUUUUGAACUAGAAGCUUGACAU